AUGGCUUUUGUAUGCAUGUUGAAAACACCCAAUCGUACAACUGAGGAAGUUAACAUUACUUCAAAUAACCAACAUUGUUCUGGUUUAAAUAGUCAUUCAGUUAUUCGAAAUUCUGAAGGAGAAUUCGAAUGGAGCGACACCUUACAAGCAAACAUAUUAGCUGGGUACUACUAUGGCUAUCUAGCAACUGCUUCUUUGGGUGGUUUAUUGGCAGACAAAUAUGGUGGUAAACGAGUUCUUGGUGGUUCAUUUCUCUCUGCAUCCAUUCUGACCAUUCUUCAACCAAGUUUAUCGCGAACUAGUGGGUACUAUAUGCUUGUUCUAAGAAUAUUAACAGGUAUAGCAUCAGGAGUUGUUCCCCCAGCAAUACACUCCUCAUUUGCACGUUGGUUCCCUCCACAAGAAAUUAGUUUAUCGAUUGGGUUUACAUUUGCUAGUCAAAUUCUAGGCACUGUUGUAGGUCUUUCAACGUCAGGUUACCUCUGUGUUUAUGGAUUUGAUAACGGAUGGGGUUCUAUAUUUUAUGUAUUUGGUGGGAUAUCGUUAUUGUUUAGUUGUGUGUGGUUUUAUGUUGUUUAUGAUAAUCCAGACGUCCAUCCCACUAUCAGCGAAGAAGAACGUGCUUCCUUGAAGAGAACUGUAAUAAGUAAAAGACUAGUUUAA